AUGGGAGUUGUAAAGUUACAAUUGGCUCUUCUCUUCUUGUUUGUUUUCAUUCCUGUGUAUGGGCAAGAACUUGGUUUCUUUGAAUUGACAUUGACUUGGCCAAAUGGUUUUUGCGUGCCAAGAAAGUGUCGUGAUCACAUCCCUCAAGACUUCACACUACAUGGUUUUUGGCCUUACUGGCAGAAUGGUACGCUAGCUACUUAUUGCCCACCAAUCCAUGAACUAAAGAGAAAAGAUGUGGAGGGUAUUCGAGGUUCACUUUCAACCCAUUGGCCAAAUCUCCUAGACAGCGAAGCUAACGGUUACAAAAACGAGUUUCAAGCUGAUUUUGCAUUUUGGGAGCAACAAUGGACAAAACAUGGCACUUGUUCAAAACUGGACCCUAAGAGAUAUUUUUCCAUCGCCAUGAACCUUAAAAAU